UCAUUAGCAAAAGGCCGAAUAUCUCCGCUUUACUCGUACAUUUCUAGUGUCAUUAUUCUCCUUUUAUUUUGCUGCAAUUACUCACUCUCUGCGAUUGUUAGCGAGGAAUGGUUACGAAUAUUGCCGAGUCAUGGCUUUUCUUUGUUCUGCUUCCAACUCUUUCCUACUUCAAAGCAUGUUUCUCCCUCGAUACAAUUUCAGCGGGUAAGCCUCUUACGGUGGUCGACAGGCUGGAAUCUCGAGGUGGGAUAUUUGAACUCGGUUUUGACAAACGAGGCGCUUCUUCGAAACUCUACCUCUGCAUAUGGUAUAAAUCCUUUGAUACAAAAGACAUUGUCUGGGUGGCAAAUAGAGAGAACCCACUGUCUAACCAAUCUUCUUCAAGACUCGAAUUAUCUCAAGAUGGCAAUCUGGUGCUGCUCGAAGAUUCGAGACGAUUUUGGUCCACAAAUCUGCCUUUUACCCUGUCAAAUUCAACUGAAGCAGUACUUCGCGAUGACGGAAAUUUUGUUUUAAGAGAUAGAUCGAACCUGUCUACAAUAUUUUGGGAGAGUUUCGACCAUCCAACCGAUACAUGGCUGCCAGGCGCAAAGCUUGGUAUCGAUAAUGAUACUGGAAAAUCGAAGCAGAUUAUUUCUUGGACGAGUUCGGAAGAUCCUGCACCGGGUAUGUUCUCGUUUGGAUUAGAUCCAAAUGGAAGCAGUCAAUAUAUCUUACAGUGGAACAGAAGCCAAAUAUAUUGGAGUACUGGAGAUUGGAAUGGAAAAACUUUCAGCUUAGCUCCUGAUAUGUGGAUGGAAAUGAAUUCUGUCGUCAACUUCACUUUUGUAUCCAGUGAAAAGGAAAAAUAUUUUAAAUUUUCUGUUAAAAGUACUUCCAGGUAUAGAUUUUGCAUUACAUCUUCAGGACAGAUCCAGCAAAUGGCGUCGCGGGCUGUCCCUUGGGAUUGGAAUUUAAUUUGGUCUCGACCGGCAAAUCCAUCUGAUGUCUAUGCUUCGUGUGGUGCCUUUGGCGUGUAUAAUGAAUAUGGGAAUUCCUCAAGCCCUUGUGAAUGUCUAAAAGGCUUUGAAGACACCAAUCUGAAUGAUUGGUCAGGCCGUUGUGUGAGGAAAUUGCCUUUGCAAUGUGAGAAUAGUAAGCCUGCUAAUGGCAAAAAUGAUUCAUUCCUGAAAAUGUCAAACAUGAGAUUGCCAGUCAAACCCAUAACGUAUUUGUUUGAGAGUGCUGGGAUAUGUGAAAAGUCUUGCAUAGAAAAAUGCUCUUGCACAGCUUAUGCUUAUAAUAUCAGCACGUGUAUGAUAUGGGAAGGAGCUCUUUUGAACAUACAGCAACUUCCAGAUGGUGAUCCGGUUGGAAAAGUCAUCCAUCUCAGACUUGCUGCUGAUGAGUAUCAAAGACUUGCUGGAGAUGAGCAUCAAAUUAGAACCAAAGGAAACAAAUGGAGAGUACGAGUAACUGUAGGUGUUCUGGUCCCUGCAGCAGGGGUUAUCUUAUGUCUCUGUAUUUGUUUUUCAAGGGGAAAGCUCAAACGCAAAGGGGAACAGGCUUCAAGCAAUGAUAUACUGUUUUUUGAUUUUAAUACGGAAUUUCAUGCAACGAGUGAUGAACCUAUCAAUAAAGAUAAUCUGAAGAGAAGAGGGAAGAAGGAUGUUGAGUUACCACUAUUCAGUUAUAAGAGUGUAUUAACCGCAACCAAUAAUUUCUCGAUUGCGAACAAGCUCGGGGAAGGAGGUUUUGGACCUGUCUACAAGGGGAAGUUAUUCAGAGGGCAAGAAAUUGCGGUGAAAAUGCUUUCAAAAAGUUCAGGACAGGGACUUGAGGAGUUCAGGAAUGAGACGAUACUAAUUGCAAAACUCCAGCAUAGAAAUCUUGUCAGAGUCUUGGGUUGCUGUAUUGAGCAAGACGAGAAAAUAUUAAUAUACGAGUACAUGCCCAAUAAAAGCCUGGAUUUCUACCUUUUUGAUCCGACCAAGAAAAAGAUGUUAAACUGGGAGACACGCAUACACAUUAUUGAAGGCAUUGCUCAAGGGCUUCUUUAUCUUCAUCAACAUUCAAGGUUACGAGUCAUACAUAGAGAUCUAAAGCCCAGUAACAUUCUCUUGGAUAGUGGAAUGAACCCGAAAAUAUCAGAUUUUGGCAUGGCUCGAAUAGUAGAAGACAAUCAAACACAUGCUAACACGAGGAGGAUUAUUGGAACUUAUGGCUAUAUGUCGCCUGAAUAUGCAAUGGAGGGUCUCUACUCGAUAAAGUCUGAUGUGUUUAGCUUUGGAGUAUUGCUGCUAGAGAUUGUGAGUGGCAAGAAGAAUACUGGCUUCUAUAACAGCGAGUCACUCAAUCUUCUUAAUUAUGCUUGGGAGUUGUGGACGACGGAUCAGACGUUGGACUUGAUGGAUUUGAUUAUAGGGUAUCCUCCUUCCAUUUCUAUUCUGUUGAGACUCGUUAACGUCGGGCUUCUUUGUGUCCAAGAAAACCCGACUGAUCGACCCGCCAUGCAUGAUGUAGUCUUAAUGAUCAGCAAUGAACAUGCACCUCUGCCUACACCUAAAAAACCUGCUUUUGUCGGAGGUCGGAUUGCGAUGGACAGAAAUUCUGCAGUCAACAUGAGUGCAGGAGUAAACAACCUUUUAACGAUUUCAAUCAUGGAACCUCGAUGAAUACAAAUUACCAUUUUGUGAAUCAAAGCAUGGAAAUUCAUAGCCAACAGUUUCCAUAUAGUUUUACGUAUAUCAAUUCGACACAUAAAUUAUUGUUACUGAAUGUUGUCUUGACUCAACGACGUAAGCAAAGGUUAAAUUAUAUCUAAGCCUAUAUUCAGUCAA